ACAGUUUCCACAUCAAACCCACAAUCAGCACGCCUCUACCAGCCCACAAUCACCCUCUCUUCUCCUUCCCCACAUCAUCCACAUUCCUCUCCUUCUCUCUAUAUAUCAUAACUCCAAAAUAUAAUCUCUCUCUCUCUCUCUCUCUCUCUCUCUCUUUAUAAUGUCCAUAAACCAGUUCUCUGCAGACGUUCCAGAAACUCUCUGGUGGGCUCAACAACACCACCACCACCGACAGUCCAUCAUGGAACCAAACCCAAACGCUCCUUCCUCUAAACCACACAAGCUCCCUAUCUCAAACCCCAAUUCUUCUUGGCCUUCCCACCUCUACCCUCACUAUCACCACCCCCAUCCCAUGUUCUCUCCCCAUAACCCCAGUCUCAGUUUCAAUCUCAACCACGGGGACGAUGAAGAACAAGACCCUGAAGAAGAGCCACCCCUCAAGCGACAAGAACAACAAGUUCACCAAGAACUGGAAAAAGAACCCAUGUUCGAGAAACCCUUAACACCAAGUGAUGUUGGGAAGCUAAACCGUUUAGUAAUACCAAAACAGUAUGCGGAGAAAUAUUUCCCUCUGGGCGGUGACUCGGUUGAUAAAGUUCUGUUACUGAGUUUCGAGGACGAAUUAGGCAAGUUCUGGAGGUUCAGGUAUUCUUAUUGGAGCAGUAGCCAGAGCUAUGUAUUUACAAAAGGGUGGAGCAGGUAUGUGAAGGAGAAGCAACUCGAUGCAGGCGACAUCGUUUUAUUCGAACGACACCGUAUGGAUAGUGAGAGGCUGUUUAUAGGGUGGAGGAGGAGAGGGGAUAACAGCGGCAGUGGAGUGGUGGUGCAGGGUAGCAGUGGUGGGGUGUGGAGUAGGGGAUUGUAUUCUUCUUCUUCUUCAUCUGGGCACCAACCUUAUCAACAUGGCCAUGGGGCUAACCUCACUGCUUGUGUCCCACAUCAACCUGAGGGUCUCCAUGCAGGUAUAAAUUAUUUAUUAGAAAAAAAAAAAGGGAAAACAAUGGAUUACAUUAGCCUAGUUAUAUGGAUAAAAUGA